AAGGAGGUGUUCAUAUGGUUUCAGACUCAUUUCACAAAAUGAGUUAUACUCCGUGUGGUAUUAUUAUAUUAGCUGCUUAUAUUAACGUUUUCGCUACUGCUGGUGGUUCAAAUUGUCCUCCAAAUGGCUGGUAUCGAGUCAAAUGCUCGUGUUUUAUUGUUAAAACCUCAACGGAAAAUCUCAACUGGAACAAGGCAGAAGAACGCUGCUCCAGGAUGAAUAAAGCUAACCUUGCAAGCAUUAAAUCCCAACACCAAAAUGAAAUUUUAGGAGAACAUUUGUCGGGAAAAAAGAGUUGGAUUGGUUUAAGAUCAGAAGGGAAUUCAUCAAUAUUACUUAAAAAUGGAGAGAAAGCGACAUUUCUUAGAGGAGUGAAAACGAGAUAUGACCAAUCAAGAUGCAUUGCCAGUCGUUUAACUAACAACAUUUGGCUGGAAGAAAAUUGUGGGAAACUGCAAAGAUAUAUUUGUUCUCGUAAACUAGUUGGAAAUGAAAGUUGUCGCGAAGGAUGGAGGCCUCAUCGUAAUUUAUGUUAUCGCUUAUCAGUCGAACAGCAAGCAUACAAAGAAGCGGGAAAAAAAUGUAUUGAAAUGAAUAGCACACUUGUUGAGAUUUCCACGAAACAGGAAUACGAGUUUCUCCGAAAACGGCUUCACACGGGGGAUGAGAUUAUAGAAGUCUGGAUUGGUUUACAAAAUGAGACCAGCGCCAAUAAUUUUGACGCUCUAGGAGGCCAUGUGAUAUCCGAAAAAGGGUCAAAAAACUGUGUUAGGAUGGAGCUUGCCAAGACUAGCGUAAUAUGGGAAGCAAAGAAAUGCAAUGCGACACUGAAGUCAUAUGUUUGUGAAACAAGGAAUAUUGAAUUGGAUUUCAAAGUUAACGUGACAAAUGUAAAUGAGACGUCAGCAAAGAUAUCUUGGUCAACACACCCUCAUGAAUGUUUAUUAUCUAGUGACGAAGAAUAUAAAUUAGAAAUACACGAAGAGACCAAAUUGAAAUAUUCAAUGAAAAUAACCCUGCCUGAAUCAUCUCAGAUUGUAGGAGACUUUAAGCCAAAGACCAAAUAUCAAAUUAAAGUUGCACGGAAUAAUAAAACGAUGGCGGUAAAGAACUUCUCAACAUCGAAAAUAGAAAAUCCACUUCACGUGCUGGCAAAGAUUUCCAGUCAAGAGAUACACGCAAAAGAAGGCGAUACUGUGAACCUUCUGUGUGCAGUCACAGGGGAACCACCAAUACGUUUCAGUUGGAUAAAGGACAAAAAUAUGAUGAAAAGCUAUGUCGAAACGAAAAAUCCUCAACAAAGUUCAAUCCUUUCAGUUGUGCUAAAAAAUCAAACGCAUUUUGGCACAUAUAUCUGUCAUAUCAAGGAUCAAUUUGGCAAUAAAACCCAUGCUAUUAAAGUCAUUCCGUUAUCAGAAGAUGAUCAGUCGGAAAACAAUUUGUUUGUGAUCGUUAUUGUCAUUCUUGGGAUAGCUGUGGCUAUCCUACUGGUCAUUAUGGCAUAUUGCAUCAGAUCUAUCAGGCGUUUAAGACGUAGACUUGAGGAAACGAAGAAAACAAGUCCAGUGACGUUAAGAAAUGUUUCAAAAGAGGGUUUGACUUAUGACAAACCGCAGCCAUCACCUGGCAAAACAAGUAUUGACGUUCGUUAUGUUUCGCCCGAGGAGGAAAACGAGGCGUACACGGCUCUGAGAAGGAAUGGUGACGAAGAAGAAAAUUUUUACUCGCCACUGAAAGACGCACCUCUUUACGUCAAUGCAAAUGAAUUUAAAUAAGAGCCCUGAUUUAGUCAAAUGUUAAUAGAAAUUAGACUUAGAGAGUCAGCUGACUGUUGUGGAUCUUACGAGGCUUGCGUUUUAUACUUUAUAUGGCGAGGCGAAUCAGUAACUCGAUUUAUAUAGUAGUGACAACCUAUCGAUUUGAGCGAAAAUGAUUCUCUAUUAUUGCUGCGCUUAAAGGCGAUUCUCAUUGCCAUCCGGUCCCCCCUCGGGUUCCCCCAGUGCCGGCGAAGCGGAUUUUGAAAAUCUGCCCAGCGACGGGCAGAAAAAACAAAGCCCGCGCGGGCGGAGAAUUGCCUUGAGGGCAGAUAUAUCUGCUGGCAUUGUCGCGUUUUUACCCCCCUUUUUACCCCCGCUUCGAACCUCACCAUUGUUUUUAAGCAAUAUUAUAAUUGCCCAGUGCCCACGUGUUUGUCUUAUUUGGCAAGAUGGCGUCUUGGACCUUCAAAGCCGUUUAUAGAUGAAGUUAAUUGAGACGAACUAGUUUUAUAGCGGAGGUUUGCCCAGGCGGAUCAUAUGUUUCUUGUAAAAAUUUGGCCAGGUCUUUAUUGUGUUGGCAAAAGGGGUUUCACUAAACAGUUAACAGUAUAAAACACGGUCAUUGUACCUGAUUAUGGAUUAUAACUGCACAAUCUUGCUUCAGACUUCGACUGUGUCAACUGUUUGACUAGCCAAACAACAAUCCCAUCACAGAGCCAUCACAGAGCAUCUCCCAUUAUUACAUGUUUGACUCAAAGAUAGCGAUUCACAAGCGAUUUCACUUGAUCCAAAGUACAAAAAUCAUCACAGUGUAAAGCGUGUUCAAACGCUCUCCUUCUUCCCAUGUGCAGAACGCAUAAAACAUCAGUGAUCUCAUUCAUGAUUACCUCAUUAUCUAUUGCUGUUUAUGCGUUUGUCCCAUGAAAAUCACAGCAUUGGACAUAAACAAUGGCCCUUGUUUUUUGCUUUCUCUCGCGGGACCGUUGAGUGGUGAUUACUCUGGUAAUCAACAAGCUUACCAAGUACUGCAAAAUGCAAAUUCAAAACUCUUUUCAACGUUCUCAAAUAUCGUGCUUCUCUUCCUGUCAAAAAAUCAAGUUUGUGCAAAUAAACUUGAUAAUACUUUCGGCAACCAAAGGGUCUGAAUAUUCAAAUUUAAAGUUUUUAAAGUUAUAUUACUUACUU